ACAACCACUGUUAAAACUGAAUCUGACCCUCCAGAAGCCAGAACUCAUAAUCUGAGACGUAGAAUGGGAUAUGCACCUCCAAAGGGUGAAAAUGAAAAGGAAAUGCAUAGUGCAGUGAAGCUUUCCGAGAAGAGAGAACAUGCCGGGGAGCCAGAGAAAGACAAAUGCAAAGUCCGAUCUAAAAAACCCACGAAUGCUGUGGAUUUGUAUGUGUGUCUCUUAUGUGGCAGUGGUAACGAUGAGGACCGUCUCCUGUUGUGUGAUGGCUGUGAUGACAGUUACCAUACUUUUUGUUUAAUUCCACCCCUUCAUGAUGUUCCCAAAGGGGACUGGAGGUGUCCCCAAUGUUUGGCUCAGGAGUGUAAUAAGCCUCAAGAAGCAUUUGGUUUUGAACAAGCGGCAAGAGACUAUACACUGCGCACGUUUGGAGAAAUGGCAGAUGCCUUCAAGUCAGACUAUUUUAACAUGCCAGUACAUAUGGUCCCCACCGAGCUGGUUGAAAAAGAAUUCUGGAGACUUGUUAGUACCAUUGAAGAGGACGUGACAGUAGAAUAUGGAGCUGAUAUUGCUUCGAAGGAGUUUGGCAGUGGCUUCCCAGUUCGGGGUGGGAAAUUUAAAGUUAGACUAGAAGAAGAGGAAUACCUUGAUAGUGGCUGGAAUUUAAACAACAUGCCUGUGAUGGAGCAGUCUGUUCUUGCUCACAUCACUGCAGACAUAUGUGGAAUGAAAUUACCCUGGCUCUACGUAGGAAUGUGCUUUUCUUCAUUUUGUUGGCAUAUAGAAGACCACUGGAGCUAUUCGAUUAACUAUCUGCAUUGGGGGGAGCCUAAAACGUGGUAUGGAGCCCCAGGGUAUGCAGCUGAACAUCUGGAGGAUGUAAUGAAGAAGCUUGCUCCAGAGCUAUUUGAAUCUCAGCCAGAUCUUUUGCACCAACUUGUCACCAUAAUGAACCCGAACACUUUGAUGGCCCACGGAGUGCCUGUUUAUCGAACCAAUCAGUGUGCUGGAGAGUUUGUGAUCACCUUUCCAAGAGCUUAUCACAGUGGCUUCAAUCAGGGUUUCAAUUUUGCUGAAGCUGUGAACUUCUGCACAGUUGAUUGGCUACCGUUGGGUCGCCAAUGUGUGGAACAUUACCGUCUGCUAAACCGUUACUGUGUGUUUUCUCAUGAUGAGAUGAUCUGUAAAAUGGCUUCCAAAGCAGAUGUUCUUGAUGUUGUGGUAGCAUCUACGGUUCAGAAAGACAUGGCCGUUAUGAUUGAAGAUGAGAAGAGGUUACGUGAGAAGGUUGAUAAACUGGGAGUGACUGACUCAGCGAGAGUGGCUUUUGAGCUCUUUCCUGAUGAUGAGCGGCAGUGCUUAAAGUGUAAAACCACCUGUUUCAUGUCUGCUGUUUCUUGUCCCUGUAAACCUGGAUUAUUGGUGUGCUUGUACCACGUCGAGGAUCUCUGCUCCUGUCCCACCUACAAAUAUAGACUGGGGUACCGCUAUACCCUGGAGGAGCUCUAUCCAAUGAUGAACGCGCUAAAGACGCGUGCGGAAUCGUACAACGAAUGGGCUUCCAACGUUAACGAAGCUCUGGAGGCAAAAAUAAACAGUAAAAGAAGUCUCAUCAGUUUUAAGGCUUUGAUAGAAGAAUCAGAGAUGAAAAAGUUUCCAGACAAUGAUCUACUGCGACACCUCAGACUAGUUACACAGGAUGCAGACAAAUGUGCCUCAGUUGCACAGCAGCUUCUUAAUGGCAAAAGACAAACGAG